AUGUCCGGCUGGGGUCUCGGCUGGUUCGGCGGUGGUCAGGCAAAGAAAGAUGCGCCCAAAAAAGCCAUCCUGCAGCUGCGGCAGCAGUUAGAACUGCUCAACAAACGGGAGAAGCAUCUACACAACCAGAUGGAAGAACAAGAUACGCUAGCCCGGAAAUACGUUACAACGAACAAGACCCGUAAGUUUGCCAAGACAGCGCUGCGGAAGAAGAAGAACUUUGAGACUGCGGCAACGAAUACGAGUGCGCAGAUUAUGACACUCGAGGAAGAGAUCCACAGCAUUGAAACCGCAAACAUCAACAAGGAAACACUCGACGCUAUGAAGAACGCAUCUACCGCCAUGAAACACAUACACCAAGGCAUGACAGUAGACACUGUCGAAACCGUCAUGGAAGACAUCCGCGAACAGCACGAAAUCGGCCAGGAGAUCAACAACGCCCUCAUCGCUCCACAAGCUGUCGUCGACGACGAGGAACUAGACGAGGAGUUGGCAGAACUGCAACAGGAGCAGCUCGACGAACAGAUGAUCAAGGGAGGCAGCGUUCCCGUCAGCGAUGCUGUCUCUCUGCCCACCGCCCCUCGCUCCGAGGUCGUGGGUAACAGGCCGGGUAAAGCUGCACCCGUGGAGGAAGACGAUGAAGAGGCUGAGUUGCGGAAGCUGCAGGCCGAAAUGGCGAUUUGAUUUCCCUUUAUCUGCAGUAGUGGCGUUAGAAUAGAGCGGGGGAUGAGAGAACUCGUAUUGUCUGUCUGUCUGUCUGUCUGUGUAUCCUUUGCUGCCUUCGGCUUAUUCGGUUUUUCCUUUCUUUUUUUCUCUUUUGCAUGUUCCUCUCUCUUAUCACUUUGCAGAAAUCUCGUCGUCGAAUAUGGAUUUUUGAGAUUGUGCAUUUUGGAAACUCCUCUUUCUUGGUGGAAUAUGAGAUUCAGGCGUUCUCUAUA